GACAGCCACUGUUUUGAAUCCCUGGAGCGCACGAGCGCGUUCUCAACUCCAGUGCUAUUCUUUAAGAAUAUUUGCCAGACACCUCUAGCCUUUUAUUGGCGUCGUUUAAAGAUUAAGCAGCACUCACUUCAGGCAGGAAUUUGCGCUCGAGCGGAAAUGUAGUCUGAGAGGCAGCUCGGGAGGCGGAAGUGAGGUUAGAGCAGCAGUCUGCUCCGUCCAUGUUAUUAUUGUUAUUUUGGCUGUGUGAUGGUUCACGGACGGCGGGCAGCCCGGGAUUUCUCCGGUUACCAGCGCAGACACGAACGGCUCGCAGGCCACACGUUACAGCUGCGCGUCUGUUUCACGAUAGUUUGAUCGCCAGCGUUGACAAAACGCGCAAACGUCGCUGUGCGCAGCGCUUGCCGAGGACUGCCUUUAUUAUUGCCACUGCAACAGACAUGAACGGCAUCACCAAGAGCAGAUUUGAGGUGUUCUCAAACAGUGAUGAGGCCCCAAUCAACAAAAAACUUCCCAAAGAGCUUCUGCUCAGGAUUUUCUCUUUCCUGGAUGUAGUUACAUUGUGUAGGUGUGCCCAAGUAUCCAAGGCAUGGAAUGUUCUUGCAUUAGAUGGAAGUAACUGGCAGAAGAUCGAUCUAUUCAACUUUCAGACAGAUAUUGAGGGACGUGUCGUGGAAAACAUCUCGAAGCGAUGUGGGGGUUUUUUGAGGCAGCUCAGUCUUCGGGGCUGCCUCAGUGUGGGAGAUGCCUCCAUGAAGACCUUUGCUCAGAACUGUCGCAACAUUGAACAUCUGAACCUCAACGGCUGCACCAAGAUCACAGACUCCACCUGCAUCAGCCUUAGCAAGUUCUGCUCCAAACUUCGCCACUUUGACCUGACCUCCUGCGUUUCCAUCACCAAUCAUGCACUUAAGGCCUUAAGUGAGGGCUGUCGGAUGUUGGAGAAUCUGAACCUGUCCUGGUGUGAUCAGAUCACAAGUGAUGGCAUCGAGGCUCUCAGCCGUGGCUGCACAAGUCUCAGAGCUCUGUUUCUGAGAGGAUGCACACAGCUUGAUGAUACUGCACUAAAGCACCUUCAAAAGCACUGUCCUGAGCUCAUGACAAUCAACAUGCAAUCAUGCACACAAAUCACAGAUGACGGCUUUGUGAGUUUGUGCCGCGGUUGUCACAAACUCCAGAUGGUUUGUGUGUCUGGCUGCAGCAACAUCACAGACGCUUCUCUGACUGCCCUCGGCCUCAACUGCCAAUGGCUCAAGAUCCUGGAGGCUGCUCGCUGCUCACAUGUGACUGAUGCUGGUUUUAUUGUUCUUGCCAGAAAUUGUCAUGAUUUGGAGAAGAUGGAUUUAGAAGAAUGUAUUUUGGUGACUGAUAACACUCUGGUUCAGCUCUCAAUCCACUGCCCUCGGCUGCAGGCGCUGAGUCUGUCUCACUGUGAGUUGAUAACAGAUGAUGGAAUCAGACACCUGAGCAGCAGUGUGUGUGGUCAGGAGCGUCUGCAGGUCGUGGAGCUGGACAACUGCCCCUUGAUCACAGACAUCACACUGGAGCAUCUCAAGAGUUGCCAGCGUCUGGAACGCAUUGAGCUCUAUGACUGCCAGCAGGUCACCCGUGCGGGCAUCAAACGAAUCCGGGCUCACCUUCCUGAGAUCAAGGUCCAUGCUUACUUUGCCCCGGUCACACCUCCUCCUUCAGUGCACGGAGGUGGUCAGCGUCUCUGCCGCUGCUGCGUCAUACUCUGACAGAAGGAGGGGCUUCUGGGAGAUCCCAUAGAAAGUCAAGCUGUCAGACAACCUCUAAACUCUGCCGUGCCUCUGCUCCACACCACUACAAGACGCUGUGUGGGGUUGUGGCUACGGGAGGCAUGGCUUGUUCACUGAGCGGUUGCCUGGCAGCAGCAUGGACCUGAACAAGUUACGCAAAAUAAAUACAAGCAACGUGACAUACUACGUACAUAUGAUACCACCUACUGGAUAUACAAGAAGAAAAAUCAAGGAGCUACCAUGUAAAAUAUUUCAUAUUUGGAUAUAUAGUAAACAAAUCGAAGGAAGUACUUAAAGCAUUAUGGAACUACUGAAUAUAAAACCGAUACGCAAACAGGAUUGAGGCAUUUUGAUGCCGUUAUGAUGACUACACAGUGUUUACAUCCUGCUCCUCUUCCUCAACCAAUAGGAAUGCUUUCUCUCACAACGAGAACAAAUAGAAAGAACAGAAAACGAGCAGCAGGGUGCAAGUCUCUGGAGUUUUGUAGGAUACGCCUCCCACCGAUUGAUCAUGUGACUUUCUCGAACCUGAGAGCAGGAAGCUUUGAGCGUUUCUGUCUGGUUUUGCGCGCGUGUAUGUGUGAGAAUGUUCAAGUAUAGAAAACAAAAUAUAACACUACAAUGAAUCAACCCAUAUUAAAACUGGUGUAAAAUGUUUUUUUAUUUUCUGUUAGUGCUCACGCUAAUUUUGAGAGGAUGAAAAUUUACCUGAGCGAGCGAGGGGAAGAGAAGAACUGCGAUUGUGCAUGCGAGAUAAAGUGGAUUUUAUUCCAGUGUGGAGUUACAGUACGUCACAAAUGAUGUGAAUGUUCAAAUUUAAACAAUAUUCUUGUGCUAAGGAAGGGUUGGGGGGAGGGGGGUACAUCAGGAAUAGGUUAUCAUAAGUUUCACAAUGUUUCAGUGCAAUAUUAAAAGCUCAUGCGCAUGUUACUGUGGUAUGUGACAGGAUUAAGAACACUCCGUAUUCAGGCAUUUGCUCAAUAUUUCAAAGUAUUCUCAUCACAUUGUCCCUUCCCUGUAUAUUUACUGCCAUUUACACUUUAUUAAAGGCAUAGUUCACCCAAAAAUAAAAAUUCUGUUAUCAGUUUCCCACCCUCAUGCCAUUCCAAACCUGUAUGCCUUUUAUCUGUGGAACACAGAAGAACACAUUUUGAAAAAAUGUUUUUGUGUCCAGUCGAUAUUGUUUGGACUGCAACAUUCCGCCAAAUUCCACAUUUUGUGUUUCAUUAAAGAAAGUCAUACUGGUUUAAAACAACACGAAGAUGAGUAAAUGAUGACAGAAUGUUCUUUUCUUUUUUCUUUUUUUUUUUGGUUGAACUAGAUCAUAAUAUGUAAAUAAUGUAUACAAAGUCAACAGUAUACAGUAUAUACGCCAAGAUUAAAAUAUCAAAAUUUAAACAAGCAAUCAUGAUUUAAAGUGAUGCUGGUUCUGCAAAAAAUUUAACUUCUGUUAUCUUCCCAGCCUCAUUUUGCUCUAAAACCUGUCUUUAUGUGUGGAACAAAAAUGGUUAGUCUCAGUCCAUAUUCACAUUCAUUGUAUAGACCAAGAGGCAAUGAAGAAGAAUGGUGAGAAAGAGUUUCAUUUUGCCUGAAAACUCCUUUUGUGUUUCAUAGAAUAAAGAGAGGUCAUACAGGUUUGGUACAAAGUGAAUAAUAACAAAAAUUUCAUUUUUGGGUCAACUGUCCAUAUAAGUUUGUCUCUAAGUCUCAUGCAUAAAACUGAUAUUCAAAAUAGGUCUGAUGCAUAACAUUGCAUAUUUAAAAUCAUGAGUUUUGCUGAUGAAAACAGAUGCUGACUUGAUCAUCGACGCAUUGGAAAAGUUUUUUGUCAGUGUGAGUGCCUUUCAUUUUGCAGCUGGAGAGAGGGGUGGGUUACAGCCACAGAAAUGCUCAGGGCUGCGAUGUAGUUCAUAUUUUUUCUCUUGUAUUCCCCCUAUUUAAGUUGUUUUUUGUCAUUGGGAUAUGAUGAUGGUGAAGAAGUGCGUCAUCAUUUCCUGUCAGUGUAUACACCAGUGAUUCCAGUAUUCUUUAUCUCAAACAUGCAACCACUUUAGAAGGCAAUGCUAAACCUGUCUGCGAAAUGAAGUUUGUUCAGAAUUGUUCUGUAACAGUUAAUCGGUUCCCCUCCUUCUCUCCCAUAUUUUUUGACAAAGAUAAAACAAGUUACCUGAAUGUCUUUGUGUUCUGGUUGUUAAUGUGACAUUUCUUUAAAUAAAAGGUCUGAGCAGUGUGUCACA